AUGGCAUCUCUGCAACCAUCAACUUGGCGCCUGCUCGGGCUCUCGGUGGCAGCCAGCUACACGGCACUCGGGGCCAUAGACUGUCUCAUUCCGCACCGGGCAGCAGAGGAAUUCUUCGGUAUCGAGCCAUACGGAUCGACUACUGCGGUGUCAAUUUUGAUGCCGCUCCUCGGGGCCCGGGAUAUUUCAAUCGCCGCGGCUCUUUUCGCACUUGCGCGACAGCAUAGGGGCCGGGAGAUGGGGACUGUCAUCCUAGCGGGGACGAUUCUCUGUGUUGCGGACGUGGUGGUCCUUUGGCGAAGGAAGGGACCGCGACGCGGCGGAGCAGUUGCGGCAGGAGUAACGAUUUGGACGGCUAUCGGCCUUGGAUUGCUCUGGUCAUGA